CCCCCCCCCCCCCCCCGGAUGGACACAUGGAUGAAGCUCGCGUGUCUCACCUUGGGAGGAGAGUUCAGCCCCCUCCCCUGACCUUUGACCUGUGUGAGGAGCACCUCUGAGGAGAGACAUGCAGGGAGGAGCAGAGGAGGUGACAGUAACCCCCUCACUGAGAGGAGGAGCAGGAGGAGGAGAACCUGACAGAACAAACUGCCUCAUCAACACCCACAGGUUGGGGGCGGAGCCUCAGGAGGUGCACCUGUUCCAGGGCCACAUGGUGAACGUGUCCCCUCAGCAGGAGUGCAGCGGGACUCAUCCUCAGCUUCUGAAUCCCAGGGCUCUCCUCCCUCACCAUGUGGUACCAGAACCCACCCUGAGACCUGGCCAUGGCUUCCUGCUCUGCCCUGACAGCAUCCUGCAUGUGUGGGGGGAGGCCGGGGGUGGGGACUGCUGUGAGACCACCUUCAUCGAAGGGCAUGGCCCAGACGUUUUUUCCUCCUCCGCAAAGGAGGUGCUGCUGUUUUCUGAUGGGAAGUUUCUGGAGUUUUCAGGAGAGGAUGCCAGGAUUCCAACGCUGUCGUACGACAUCGAUGAUGACGACUUUCAGGAGGUCGAGAGCGAUUACUCCAGUGAAUCUGAGAGCGAGGACGCCUUCCUGUUGUUACCUCCCAGAGAUCACCUCGGCCUCAGCGUCUUCUCCAUGCUCUGCUGCUUCUGGCCUCUCGGCAUCGCUGCCUUCUACCUGUCCCACCAGACCAACAAGGCGGUUUCUAAAGGAGACUUUCAUCUGGCCAGCUCCAACUCCAAGCGGGCUCUCUUCCUCGCCGUGCUGUCGGUCACCAUCGGGACAGGUAUCUACGUGGGUGUGGGCGUGGCCCUCAUUGCCUACCUGUCCAAGAACCACCAGUGGUAACGGAGAUCACAGCUAGGCGGAUUACCCAUCAGCCCUUGCUGUGCUGCCAUGAGACCGGACUCCACCUG